AUGCAACCCUACCACUCUGGGCUGAGCCCAGAGACAGCACCAGCGCCCUACACCGUCAAAACAGACCACAUCAGCUACAGACUUGGAGAGGAGGUAAAAGUUCAGAUCCAGGCUCCAGCCUCCACACCAUUCAUUGGUUUCCUGUUACAGGCUAGAGAGGUAGGAGGUCGGUCUCCUGUGGGCUCCUUCGCUCUGACAACAGGGGCCACUCAGCUUCUCCCGUGCAGCCAGAAACCUGGGAGUAUCAUCAGUGCCGACUGCGGUGUCACCAAGCUGUGUUUCAGUCACCCUUCAAACUGUAACCCUAGAGCCAAUGCUAAAUGUUAUUUCAUGUCAGCCAUGAUGUUGCCACUAACUGCUGCAGCCAUCCGCUAUGAAAUGACAGGUCCAUCUGAUGGAUACGUCUCUUUUGGAUUUUCAGAUGAUCAGAUGAUGGGAAACGAUGACAUUUAUAUUUGUGGCAUUGGCAGUGACGGAGUGGUGCAAUUGCAGCAUUCUUUUUCAACAGGACAAACGACUCCACAAGCUGUUCCUCUGGGUAAUAUUUCUGAUGUGAGAGCGUCAGUGCUGGAUGGGGUGAUCAGCUGUUCCUUCACCUCCAUAAACAUCAUUUCUACUCAGAGGACCACUGGCUUCAACAAAACCUACUAUCUCCUCUUUGCCUAUGGACCCAACAGCAAUGCCAUCUUCAACACCUCCCUAGAGACAUGCCACGUACCAGCUUGCUUCAAGGUCUCAACCAUCAUCCCUGUCCCCAAAAAACCUAAGAUCACAGGACUCAUGACUACAGAAGCCAACAGGUCUGUAGAUGAUGCUGUCAACAUGGCCCUCCAUUUCUUCCUCCAGCAUCUGGACUCCCCAGGAACCUACGCCAGGAUUCUGUUUGUGGACUUCAGCUCUGCUUUCAACACCAUCAUCCCGUCUCUGCCGCAUCUACAAGCUCUCAGCAACACCUGGUGCAGACAAAUCCAGUUCCAUACAGGUACCUUCAUCAGCUCUGACAAAGUAGACAUCUCCAGACCCCGGAUUGUCAGAAAAGCAGGUUGGCCUCAUAUCAUCAAAGCACAUGGGGCACUGAUGCUGACAGCCUGGAUGACGCUUGGAUCACUGGGAAUGAUGGUGGCCCGAUAUUUGAAAGAGCUGACCAAAAGACAAAAACUGUGCGGUAAAGAUAUCUGGUUUCUGGUCCACGUUGCAGUGAUGAGUGUGACAAUUGCAGCCACAAUUAUCGCCUUCAUCCUCUCCUUCUCAUACGUCAAAGCCUGGUCUGGGGGAGCCCAUCCUGUGUUAGGCUGCCUGGUUAUUAUUCUUUCGUUACUCCAGCCCAUUCUGGCUCUGUUGCGUUGUGGACCACAACAUCCCCGAAGGUUCCUGUUUAACUGGUGCCAUGCUUUAAAUGGAGUGUCUAUAAAAGUUUUAGCUGUUGCAGCUAUAUUGACAGGCCUGAAGAUGAUUGACAGCAGUCUGGACCAAUUGCUGAUGAAAGUGAUGGGUGGUUUGGUUGGCUGGGAAGCUUUGUGCUACAUUCUGUUGGAAGUCCAUUUAAAAUGGAAGUUUAACAGUGCAGGUGAUACCCGAGGCUCGACACAGGACAGACAACUCACCGCUGAUCUCCGUGGAACAAGCGGGAGGUCCUCUUCACACAGGGCUACUCACGGGCUACUCACGGGCUACUCACGGGCUACUCACGGGCUACUCACGGGCUACUCACGGGCUACUCACGGGCUACUCACGAACGUCGAUACCAGGUUGGCAAACGGACAGACUGACACUGGAGGUGAGGAUGACCGGAGUAUUUAUCAGGAGACAAUUACGGGAGACUGGGAUCAGCUGUGCUCACGGAGAGACGCUCGGCUGUGGGCGGAACUCACAAAAAACAAACAGUGUUUAGACAACAAUCCUCACAAUAGUGGGCUAUUUUACUUUGCUCUGUGUGUGUGUAGUUGGAUGGAGCUAAGCACCAACAAAGAGCAGAGGACACGGACACUGCAAGAUAUUUUGGAAUCAAAAAUGACAACAGUUGAUGUCCUUUUGAUGGCUCUGUUUUUCCUGGGAAAUUUGACAUUUUUGGUGACACUGUUGGUUGGAAUCGGGAUGUCAUAAGGAGAGCAACAACAGAACAAAAAC